ACUAAUUAUGAAGACUUUUGUAAAUGGGUCGUCCGGAAAAUGUUGUUUCUAUUUGGCUCAUAGAAAUGCGAUGCUUGAGCUUAUGGCAUUUUGCACAAACCUUUUUUUUCCAAACUACCAAACAGACGAAAAAAGAUUUUAAAGCGCUUUGGUAUGCUUCCCCUCUACGCCAAAUCCCAAUCUUCAUCCCAUCAUUGUCCUUUAACAACUCUCAAUCACUCUUUCCCCAUUCUUCAAUCAAUUCCCUAUUUCAUAAUUUUAUUUUUCCUUUCCCCCUUAUAAUCCAACCACUAGCCAUAGCCAACCAAAUCCACCCCCAGUCUUCGCUUCACCCUUAAGGAAUCAGCGACCAUGAUUCCGAUCAAAUCAGUGGCAGCGAUCGUCGCGUUCUUGCCAUUGAUCGUCGCGAUCGCGGCAGCGCUGGAGAUACGGCCGUCGGAGCACGGAUUGGAGUUUCAGAGCCCUCCGCCGGCUGGAGACAAAUCUUCGCCGGAGAUGCGAUCGUUUUUCGGAGGAAUAUCAUCGCCCACACCGGAAGUGGAAUUGCCGUUGCCGAAGACGAUGAAUUCGAGCGAGUCGCCGGGAUGGUGGACCCACCGUGACGGUGGAGAUAAACGAGUAAGAAAUGCAUUAUUGGUAGCGACGGCGGCUUGUGGAAUUACAGAUAAAAUAACUCGAGGAACAGGUAAUUUUCAACCAAAUAUCAAUAUGCCCUUUUUUCCAGAAUUGGGAGAUGGGUACUACUUCCACUAACCGAUGUGUGCUAGAUCUGAUAUCGACAAGUAUCUAAGAGCACACUUGCCAUCCGGACAAGAUGACAGGUAUAUUACCAUCUCAUACAAAAUGGUUCAUGCAUACUGAAUAUAGAUAGAAGAUAGAACUCCAGAUGGUAGUUAAACUAAUCGAUGGGAAACAAACUUCAGUUAUUAUGUUAAGAUUAGAAUGAUUAUGGGAGACCAUGUAGAAAGAGCUUUAG